AUGGAAAUACAUCUUUCCUACGGGGAUCUUGCCACCCAACCGCUUGAGUCAGCGGUGACGGAUCCCGCACUCGUCCGCUCGCUCGACUUGUCGGGGAACAACAUCAGCGCAGAGAUACUUGUUGAGAUUGUGGACAAGUACAUUAAUGGCAUGAAGAGCCUGGGGGAGCUGGAUAUCAAGGAUAACAAGAUAGGCUCCCAAGGCGCGAAGUACCUUUGCAACGCCCUCAUGAAGCACUGCCGCGAGCUGAAGUAUCUUGAUUUGGGCGAGAAUGGCAUCCUUGACCAGUCGCUUUUGGACGUGGCAUACUUACUGCAAGAGCUUCGCCUUGAAACACUUUUUUUGCUCUCUAACCACCUAACCCCACGCGGUAUACCGACUCUCUGCGACGGCAUUUGCUCAAGUAGGUAUAUUCGGGAGUUGUCGCUAGCGUUAAAUGUCCUCGGUGACCGCGGCGCCUCCAUGAUCGCCGAGGCCUUAAUGGGGCAUCCGUCUUUACGUUCGCUGGACAUCAGUGAUAACCAAAUUGGUGAUGCAGGGGCGGUGAGCGUGGCGAGGUAUCUUAUUCUGCCCUCCAACUCGCGGCUGCAGUCGUUGAAUCUUUCCGUCAACUGCUUUGGCGAUGUGGGACUCGUGGCCAUUGCCGAGGCGGUGGAAAAGACGCAAAGCACGCGGCUGGCUCGCCUGGACCUUGGGGGAAACUACCGGGUUGGGCCUGUCGGGCGACGGGCGUUGAUUAAGUGUGUAUCAUCUAUGCGGCACCUUCAGUCGCUGGACCUGUGCUCUUGUCAGCUCACCGAUGAAGAGGCGCAAGAGCUUGUGGUGGCUGUAUCCUCUCGCAACUGCGGGAUCAAGGAACUUGAAUGGUUCAACAAUCCGGGGAUGGAGCUGGGGACCGAGAAGGCGCUUCACGAGGCACUAGAAGCAAAGAAGGCCGCUUUACAGGUUGAGACAGAACGUUGGCGUCAGUUGCAGAUCCUCUCCAGUGUUCUGCUGGGGGUCUCAUUGCUGGGGGUCAUCGCCAUUGCGCUCCGACAGAGACGCCUGCGGUGGGUCCUUUAA